AUGCAGGAGCCGGAGAUAUUCGAGCAACCCGUGGCCGACAAGGAUCCCGAAGCUCAUGGGGCCGGUGACGAGAAUGGGACUUAUGGCGGGACCAUUUACAGCAACGGGGUCUCGCCGGUGGGUGCCCGGGACGACGAGUCGGAUGAUUACCGCGACUUUGUUUUUCCUGAAGAUAGGAAACUAGGGACAUGGUCGACGGCGUUUCUUAUCAUUAAUCGGGUGGUUGGCGCCGGGAUAUAUUCGACCCCAUCGGCCAUCAUAUUUUCUCUUGAUAGCGUUGGUGUGACGCUGCUCUUUUGGGUUUUGGGGGGGUUCAUGACAUUUUGGUUGUUUGUCUACCUUGAAUACGGCACUGCUUUGCCGCGUUCGGGUGGGGAAAAAGUCUAUCUUGAGAGAGUCUAUCAAAGGCCAAGGUAUCUGGCCACAUGUAUUUUUGCAGUCGCUCACCUCCGAGUAGUCCAAUUCGUGCUCUUCGCCAUCUCAACGGGCAACAGCAUCAGUUUCAGCAGCUAUUUGCUGCGCGCUGCCACAGGGGAUCCGCAAGAGGGGGGUUGGCUGAACCAGGGAAUCGCCAUCGCUGCCAUCACUGUCCUAGUCGUUUGCCUCAUCCACUCAUUUGCCCCGCGGUGGGGUAUUUGGUUGAGCAAUGGUUUCGGUGCCUUCAAGCUCAUCAUGCUCAGCCUGCUCGUUUGUACCGGGUUUGCCGCCCUCGCCGGCAAGACGGCAGCGCCGAGACCCGAUAACUUCUCAAGUUUUCACGGAGCCGGCUCGUCGAGAUCCCCUGACGAUAACCCGACGGGGGCAGCCGGUGGGUAUUCAAUUGCUCUGCUGCAGGUGCUAUACUCGUAUAGCGGGUGGGAGAAUGCGAACUACGUUCUCACCGAGGUUCGGAACGCUCCAAAAACACUGAGGAAAGCAGCACCCAUCUCCAUAUCGGCGGUCACAAUACUUUACGUGCUCGCCAAUAUUUCCUACUUUGCCGCCAUGAGCAAGAUCGAAAUUGCCGAGGCGGGUACUGUGGUCGCGGCGCAGUUCUUCGAGAACGUAUGGGGCAGGAGUGCGUUCGUGACUAGAGUGGUACCACUCUUUAUCGGCCUGUCCGCCUUCGGAAAUGCCUUUGCGCAGUCUUUUGCCAUGCCGCGAGUGAAGCAGGAGCUUUCCAAGGAGGGCGUGCUGCCGUGGUCUCGCUUCUGGGCCAGCGACUGGCCGUUCAACGCACCAUCGGGAGCCAUAUUCUUGCAUUGGAUCUUUACGGUGGUAUUCAUCCUCGCCUGCCGAACUCCGGACGUUUACAGCUUCGUCACCAACGUCUUUAUCUACAGUGGCAACUGGAUCAAGUUCUUCCUCGCCGUUGGCCUCGUCUACCUGAACUUCGCACCGUCAGAGCGGUGGGCCGAGCAGCGCACGACAUUCCGCAGCUCGCCGCUGCUGACCAUUUUCUGGAUUUUAUCGCUUCUGUUUGUGCAAGUGGCGCCCUUCAUUGAAAACGACUUCCUCAAGCAUGUGCCAUACUACGUUUUCCCCACGCUCGGCACCAGCCUGCUGGCCAUUGGGACUGGGUACUGGCUCGUGUGGGCCAAGUUGCUACCGGCGUUUGGGUACCACAUCCAGCACGAGAUUGUGCAAAUGCCUGAUGGGAGCGAGAGGGUCAAGUACAAGAGGGUCAAGCCGAAGAAACGGAAGAAGCGGGGGCAAUGGAACCGGGAGCGAAAACGAAACGAAACUCGCUCAAGGACGUCGACCUUACUCGAGAUCAGCAACCAGAGUUUUGAACAAUAUUCCCAUCGGGCCUCGGGGCGCCGAGCCGGAGACAUCCAUUGGCAGUCGCGACCAAUGUCUUGGGACUUGCUAAAGCGGUUCCUCGAGAGCGAUGUCUUCAAUCAGAACCCCUUCCUCUCGGUGUCGUAUCUCUCUCGCUAUGCGGACCAUAUAGGGAUCCACUAUGUCCUCUGCAGCAAGCUCCGGCAGUUCCCCUACGAGGACAUCGAGUUCUUCCUACCGCAGCUAUGCCACCUGAUAAUAAGCGUCGACAACGAGUCGAUGGCUCUGGAGGAGUUCUUAUUGGACCUCUGCGAGGAGUCGGUUACCGCUGCGCUACUGACCUUCUGGCUCUUCCAAACCUACCUCCACGACCUCGCACCGAACCCCCAGACCGAGGCCUUCAAGACGUGUCGUAGGGUGUACAACAAGGUUCAACACGUUGUGUUUGGGGUUUCCGAGACAUUACGACACGAGAGGAUCACCGAGAAUGUGCUGCCGGUUACGGUUUUGGGAAGUUUCGUCCUCGCGAGCAUUGCAUGUCCUAUGCUGCCGCAGUGGGCUGGACCAUUGGCUAUCGCCCAGGCCCGGAAACCCCGCCCGGUUGUCGAGACCAUAUCCGAGCCCACCGCCGUUGAGGCGAAGAAAAACGUACCAGCUCGAGCACACACCAUCUCUGCCGGCGGUCCCCGGCCGAGACGCACCAAAGAGGGGCGCAACACGAGCGGCCAAGAGGGCAAGACGCACGCCAGCCCGCGCAAAUCGCCGGGUAGGAUCAAACUGAAGACGCCUCGGCCCCCUUCGAGGUCGAAAACGAAUGAACCCGCACCGCAGGAAGACGAAGAAGGAGAGCUCCCCAGUCAGCUCGAGAACCUCGCCCUGGAGGCGCGCAUCAGUUCAGCCUCGUUACCCCUGCCGGAUCCCAGGCCUCGUCUUGUUACGAGACCAACCACGCCCGUGUCGGCGGGGUUACGUCCCUCCGAGGCUACGAGGAGACACUCUCACCAUGUCAAGACGCUGCUCAGCCAGGGCGAGAUGACGCAUCUGCAAAAGACGCGACUGCUCCGGCAAAACUACUUCCGCUGCCAGACCGCCUUCUUGACGGCGCUUGAGGACAUCUCGAACCGUCUCGUCGUGGUACCAAAACCGGCUCGGCUGAGCGCACUCCGCGCCGAACUCGCCCUCAUCGCACGGGAUCUCCCGGCAGAGGUUGAUAUCCCGGUUCUCUGCCCCCCCGACCUGGUGGAUGGUUCCCCAUCCAAGAGCCGCCACCACAGAAUCGUCCGGCUCAACCCGGCCGAAGCAACCGUCUUGAACAGCGCCGAAAAGGUGCCGUACUUGUUGAUGGUGGAAAUACUCCGUGACGACUUCACAUUUGAUCCUGACAGCCCGGACAACCAGAGACUGCUUACAACCUUGCUGGACGAACAAGGGACACGGAAGCGGAUCUUCGACUUGUCUGAGUCGAGCAUACCGACCACUUCUCGGGCACCAGAGCCAGCCGUCGAUAGUGUGUUUGAGCCGUCAUCUGGGGACCUCGGAAGCUCGCCAAUGCUCCGGCCCGAAGACGACGAUGAGCCGUUCGGAACAACGCCGACCCAGUCUAACUUUUCGCUGCGCCUAUCCAACACUAGCACCCCGGGCCCCGGCUCCUGGGACAAGACGACACCGCGCAGCUCAGGAGGUUCCUCCGAGUCGCUCAGCCCGCCCCUCAACCGGAGGAGGUUGACGCUCACUAACGCCCGCCACAACUCGGUGGAUCAGCCGGAUUUCUCAGCGCUCGCGGUGCACAUGCGGACGGCAUCGCAGAUGCUCGCGCAGCUGGACGCAACCAGCGGCAAGCGGCCCCGGCAAGAAGUAGCAGCCAUCAGAUCGCGCAUCAUUGCCAGCAUGCAAAGCCUAGAAGAACAGAGCUUUGAUUUGGAUGAUGGGCAAGGGCCGACAUUCGACACCAUCAUGGCCAGAGCGCAGGCAGCCGCCGUAACGGAGGCAGCGACCGACACGGACAGGACCGAAGUGGCGGACGACGCGACCGUCGAGCCAAACCUCAACGCCAACGCAGGCAUCGACAGGAUGGAGAACGACAUCAAGACGGGCGGGCUCCAACGGAAGGGCGACCGCGACGACCCUAGCGCGGCGGUCUUCGGCGAGGCCUGGGAGUCGAAGAAGGAGCGGAUCCGCAAGUCGUCGCCCUACGGGUGGAUGAAGAACUGGGACCUCGUCAGCGUCAUCAUCAAGACGGGCUCGGACCUCCGGCAGGAAGCCUUCGCCUGCCAGCUGAUCCGCGUCUGCCACAAGAUCUGGGUGGACGCCGGCGUGCCCGUGUGGGUCAAGCUCAUGCGCAUCCUCGUCACGGGCGAGUCGUCGGGCCUGAUCGAGACCAUCGCCAACGGGGUGUCGCUGCACUCGAUCAAGCGCAGCCUGACGCUGGCGUCGAUCGAGUCGGGCCAGAACCCGCGGCGGCGCAUCGCCACGCUCAAGGACCACUUCGUCAAGGCGUUCGGCAUCCCCGAGGGCGACGCCUUCCGCGCGGGCGUCGACGCCUUCAAGCGCUCCCUCGCCGCCUACAGCGUCAUCUCGUACGUGCUGCAGCUCAAGGACCGCCACAACGGCAACGUCCUCAUCGACAACGAGGGCCACAUCAUCCACAUCGACUUCGGCUUCAUGCUGUCCAACUCGCCCGGCUCCGUCGGCUUCGAGGCCGCCCCCUUCAAGCUGACCUACGAGUAUGUCGACGUGCUGGGCGGCGUCGGCUCGCCCGAUUUUGAGGAUUACAAGAGCCUCUGCAAGCAGGCUUUCCAGGCCCUCCGGCGGUCGGCGGACAACAUCAUCGACCUAGUCGCCAUGAUGGGCCGCGAAUCCAAGAUGCCGUGCUUCGGCGCCGGCGUCACGCAGGUCACGACGGCGCUGCGCCAGCGCUUCCAGCUGCAGCUGAGCGCCGACGAGGCCGAGCAGUUUGUCGAGACGGACCUCAUUGCCAAGGCGGUGGGCAGUUAUUAUACACGACUUUAUGAUACCUUCCAAUAUCGGACGCAGGGAAUCUACUAG